AGUUAGGAAGUUGGCUAUUGUUGGUACAUCUGCCUUUCUUACAGGUGAACCCCUCAAGUGGUCUAACAUGAUAGUGUUCAUUUUUCUGGCUGUGAGGCUGAGCUCGGAAAAUGAAUCUUCUUCCCCAACAAACGAGUGCGCAUAUUUAAUGCAGCAAUGCUUGACAGAUUCAAAGGACUGUGAGCAGUCGUGGAGAUCAGUGGAGGACGCCUGCAUUGUUCCAGGUGACUCCUGCAAGAUAAAUAAUUCAUCACUUUGUAACCUGAGUAUCCAGUCUUUGGUGGAAAAAAAUGUCCAGUUUAAACAGUGUCUUUGUAUCGAUGACCUUCACUGUACAAUAAACAAACUUUUUGGAAAAAAAUGCAUCAAUAAGACAGAGGAGUCACCACCGCCCUCCGAGUGGGUGCCACGAUCAAAUGUCACAUCGUGGCUCCAGAGAAAAGACACAUCUUUAGUGGCUAAAAGAAAGAAUGACUGUGUCGCGGCGGCAGAGGCCUGCCAGGAAUCUGAGCGCUGCGCUCGGCUCCACGAGAGUUUUACGAAAGCCUGCAGCACAGAAAGAACGCAGUGCCGCAGUCUCAGCGGCAGACUGUUGUGUGUGGGCCUGAGACAGAGCCUCAGAGGCACGGUUUUGUGGGACUGUCGGUGCGGAUUCCCUUUAGAAGGAGACUGCAUUCGGAUUUGGAAAAGCUUGUUUGAAGACACUUGUGUACAAGAUACUCAAGUCAAUCAAAUUCCCACCUUCAAGCAAGGCAACAGAGAUGGGUCCAAGGACAUUGCUUCAGGAUUCAAACAGAUGCAGUCUUGUUUGGAAGUGACAGAGGCAUGUGUAGGGGAUGUGGUUUGUAAUGCACAGUUGGCCCUUUACCUUAAAGCAUGCUCAGCAAAUGGAAAUCUGUGCGAUGUGAAACACUGCCAAGCAGCCAUACGGUUCUUCUAUCAAAACGUGCCUUUUAACACUGCCCAGAUGUUGGCCUUUUGUGACUGUGCUCAAUCUGAUAUACCCUGUCAGCAGUCCAGAGAAACUCUUCACAGCAAGCCGUGUGCACUGAAUGCAGUUCCGCCCCCCACUUGCCUCAGUGUAAUUCACACUUGCCGAAAUGAUGAAGUAUGCAGGACCCGCUACAGAAGGUUCCAGACGGAAUGCUGGCCCCACCUGACUGGAAGGUGCCAGGAAGAUGAGACUUGCAUUAGCACGCUGGGCAAGCGAGACCUUACCUGCUCCGGAAGUGACAGCUGCAGGGCUGCCUACCUGGGAAUCUUUGGGACAGUCCUUCAAGUGCCCUGUGCUUGCAGGGGUACCACACAGAACGAAGAACCUCUGUGCCUCGUUUUCCAGCACAUGCUUCAUAGAAAAUCAUGUUUCAAUUAUCCAACUCCUAAUGCCAAAGACAUUUCCUCAUAUAAAAGAAAACAGCCAAAGGAAAAUACUCUGACUGCAUUCAAUUCCCCUUUCAAUGGAGAACUAAUCUAUGCUAUCGUGUGCAUGGCAGUGUCCUGUGGAAUUCUUUUCUUGGUGAUGCUCAAGCUGAGGAUAUCAAGCAAAAAGAAAGAUUCCUCAUCCAUGGAAAUAGCUGGAAGUGUCGUCACUCAGUGAGCCAGAGAUCAUUAUCAACUGCAAGUCUUUGUAGUCAACCAAUGAAUAAUUACAUUUUACAAUAAUGCAGCUUAAGAUGGAUUUGACUAUAUUACGUUAUAUGGGUCAUUAUAUAUAACAAUAUCUGGUAGGGUAAUAUAGCCUAAUGAUCAUGGAUCUGUUUUUAUUUUUGUAAAAAUAUUCAAGUAAAUACUUGCAGUGGUGUCACAACAGGUUGGUACCUUUCCUUUAAAGGCAAAAGGUGUCAUGUAAAAGGCAGCAUUUUUGCCUGAACACUAUGAGUACACAUAUCAACUUAUCCCAUACUGUCUCAUCAUUAGUUAGUGUGUGCAUUUCUUGAACAACUUUACAGUUUCCCAUUAAGUUGAUAAAAUUAAAAUGAUAAUGGGAGACUAUUGAAUAAAGUCAUUAUUUGCACAUUCUUACUUAUUGUCUAAUCAUUAAACAAAUCAUAAACAUUAAAUAUAUUUGGUUAGAUGACUUGUUAUAAAAAU